GCCCUCGCCGGCUGCGGGCGGAGCUGGAGCCGCUGCGCUCGGCGAUCCCCGGCUCCCGCCCCUUCCCAGUCCCUCCCUCCUCGGAGCCCCCAGCGGCCGGGGCCGCCGCGGUACAGCCACGCGCGGCGCGAGCAGCUGCCAAGGGGCCAAGGGAUGAGCUGGGGCCCGCCUUCCCAAUGGCAUCUCCCUCUGGUCUGGAACUGAAGACACUGAGCAACGGUCCCCAGGCCCCAAGGAGACCAGCUCCCCUGGGUCCAGCGGCCCCUUGCCGGGAGGGUGUGGAGAAUGCCUGUUUCUCCUCCGAGGAGCAGGAGACCCAUUUCCAGAACCCUGGGGACACCAGACUGGGCAGUUCCCCCAGCCCCCCGGGGGGCGUCCCUUCACAGCUGCGGUCCCAGAGGGACGAUCUGUCCCUGCGCUCAGAAGAGGGGCCAGGCCUGGAGCCCGUGAGCCGCCCAGUGGAUUACGGCUUUGUUUCUGCCCUGGUUUUCCUGGUGAGCGGCAUCCUGCUGGUGGUGACCGCGUACGCCAUCCCCCGCGAGGCCCGCGUCAACCCGGACACAGUGUCGGCGCGGGAGAUGGAACGGCUGGAAAUGUACUACGCCCGCCUGGGCUCCCACCUGGACAAGUGCAUCAUCGCAGGCCUGGGGCUGCUCACGGUGGGCGGCAUGCUCUUGUCUGUGCUGCUGAUGGUCUCUCUGUGCAAGGGCGAGCUGUACCGGAGGCCAACCUUCGUGCCGGGCAGGGGCACCAGAAAGACCUACGGCUCCAUCAACCUGCGCAUGAGACAGCUCAGUGGGGAUGGGGGCCAGGCCCUGGUGGAGAACGAAGUCAUCCCCAUCCCAGAGACCUGCCACACCUGCCAGGGGUCUUAAGUAAGAGCCCACCCUAUCUGGCUGCUUCAGCUUCCAGGCCACGAGGCCCCCAAGUCUGGGUUUCAGACUGAGCUCUGCAGAGGGCCCUGUGGAAGGAGUCAUGGGUGCUAGAGGGGGAGCCUGGGGCCUGGUCCGGGCUCCUGGGGAGAGCAGCCCCUGAUCUGUUUCGUAGCUUGAGGUUUGGCAUAAGGUUUUGUUUGAAGGAUGGCUUCUGCUGCUAAAAAUACAAAAGUUUGGAAACUGCUGCCCUUGGAGGAUGAGGUUUCUUGGCAUUUCCGAGGAGCGAGAGCUGUUUGAAAGGCUGCCCAUCCUGUUCCCUGUGCCCGGGGGAAUUCCGGGAUCUCUGCUGUCCUCCUCAGCCAUGUGUGGGUGUUGAGCGACUUUGGAGGGACCCCUUUCAUGAAGCCCCAACCAUCUAAAGUGGGAGGUGGCUUCCUGAUGAGGGACAGAGCCAGCACUGGGAUGACCUCCCCUCUCUAGGCCUCAGUCCUCCUGACCCUGAUAUGUGGGGCCUGGCAUGGCUGAUCCCUUGGGCCCCUCCAGUUCUGCCCUAGGGAUUCCUGUGUACAGUGGGAGCCAGGUAUCUGCAUCUGGCCACUUUCACGGGAGGGGCAUGUCUGGCAGGUGCUGAUCCUUCUCCAUGUCAUUUUCUGACCUUUUGGUGGCCAUCACUCUCGGAGAGUCAGCAUCUCACCUGGUCCUGCUAAAGGACCCCUUGCGUCCCCAGGUUAGGCCAGGCUACUUUCGAAGUUCCUUAUAGCCUGCUUUUGGCCUUGGGGUCGAAUUACCUGCUGCGGCUAGAUCUUAGCACACACUUUACAAAGUCACGCACCCCGUUUCACUCACUCCCUGGACAGGGGGUUCUCUCAAACAAGAGAGGCUGAGGGCUGUGCUGUAUUUCUAGGGACACGGUGUGGGCUUCAUUAUCCGCUCCUUCUGAGUAUGUUUCUUGGGCCUGACCCUAUGCAAGUAACAGAAAAAGAAAAAAAAAAAAUUUUAAUGCUGAAUUUGUGAUCUUCUUCCCCUAACAUCCCCGCCCCUGACCCCAGCAGUGAAGUGCAGCCCCACUUUAUCUGGGGAGAAAUCUACAUUCUGGUGGCCAGGAAACUCUAGCCCCAUAUUGAUCACCGUUUGUUCUGCUUCUCUUGUCGAGUGUUUUCAGGCUCCAUCCAGACUCUCUUUUAACCUACUGAGAAGGAAAGGAAGUGGGCCCUAGAGGUGAGGAUUCUAAAGGGGUCAUUUCAGUGAACCUCCUGACCCCAGGCAGGUCCUUCUUCCUCCAUGUUGGUUGGUCCUGUGGGCCAAGGAUCAUGGAUGCUAACUUGCUUUUGGUGGGGAUGGGGGAGGGGGGAGUGGGCCUGGGGCCUGUAGGUUAGAGCAGCUCUGAUUAUCUGUAACCUGAGCCUUCAGGCCAGUAGGUUGAACAUCUGGGCAGUGUAACCUCACACCUUCUAUGACGGAUCAAAUCUCUGUUCCUGCUGGCUGGUUUCGCCGGAGCAGAGGGUUGGGGGGAGGGCUGGAAGGGACAAGUGCUGUGGAG